CCUCUCUCUCUCUCUCUCUGAUGAACGCCGGAGCAGCCGAGCAGCAGGAGUCUGCGAGGAUCCGCUGUCUGCUGGCAGCUCCAACAAAUAGCACAUUUAUGGGAAACCCGGAGAGACAAGUGGACCGACUGGUUUUGUGAUUCGCCGCCCGGCUCUCACUUUUUUCUUUUUCUUGUCACUCGUAUCCCGCUCUUUCUUUCUUUCUGUCUUUUCUCUGCCGGCUUCUUCUCUGCUGGGACUCACUGUUGGAAUUUUGAGCGCAGACAGCGAGCAGCAGCAGCAGCAGUGAAAAACAGAGACAUGUGUUUGGCCUCAGCCGCCUGCUACUACUGCCUGUUCUCUCCCAUUCACUGACCAAAGAGGAAACACAAGGUGAGAGUCGGAGCAGCAGCCAUAGAGCAGACGAGUUGAGGUGAAGCAGCAUGAGUGCGGACAGCCAUCAGGGGGUGGUGACCACUCCUCCCCCGCCCAGCGGGGGGACCAAGGAACGAUACUUCGACCGGGUCAACGUCAACGAUCCGGAGUACAUCAGAGCCAGAAACAUGUCGCCUGACCUCCGGCAGGACUUCAACGUUCUGGAGCAGAAGAAACGUGUCACGCAGAUACUACAGAGCCCUGCUUUCAAGGAGGAGUUGGAGAGUCUGAUCCAGGAACAGCAGCGGAAAGGCAACAACCCCACCGGCCUGCUGGCCCUCAGGCAGAUCGCAGACUUCUUCAUGGCCAGCUCAGUGGCUGGCUUCAACACCUCCCCCCUCAGUCUGGGGAUGGUCACACCCAUCAACGACAUGUACGGAGUGGAAUCGACCACGUUGGUGAAAGGCGAGAAGCUGACGCGCUGUAAACUGGCCAGCCUCUACAGACUGGUGGACCUGUUCAGCUGGGCGCACUUCGCCAGCUCCUACAUUACAGGCAGAGUCAGUAAAGAGCAAGACCACAUCCUCAUCAUCCCCAGAGGACUGUCAUUUGCUGAGGCGUCUGCAUCAAACCUGGUGAAGGUGAACAUCAUCGGGGACGUGAUCGAACAGGGCUCCACCAACCUGAGGAUCGACCCUGCAGGGUUCAGCCCCCAUGCUGCCAUCUACUCCAUGCGUCCAGACAUCCGCUGCAUCAUCCACGUGCACACUCCUGCCGCGGCAGCCGUGUCAUCUAUGAAGUGCGGGAUCCUGCCCAUUUCCCAGGAGGCGCUGAUCCUGGGUGAUAUCGCCUACUACAACUACCAGGGCAGCCUGGACGACCAGGAGGAGCGCAGAGAGCUGCAGAAGGCCCUGGGGCCCACGGCGAAGGUUUUGGUGCUGAGGAAUCACGGCGUGGUUGCUCUCGGGGAAACCAUCGAAGAGGCCUUUCACUACAUCUACAACGCCCAGUACGCCUGCGAAAUCCAGGUGAAUGCCAUCUCGUGUGCUGGAGGUGUGGACAACCUUAUAGUGCUGGACCAGGAGAAGUACAAGUCGCGAGUGUUCGCCGUGGCCUCAGCGGCUUCGGUCAACAUGGCCGGCCAGUACAAGUGGAAGAUCGGCGAGCUGGAGUUUGAGUCUCUGAUGAGGAUGCUGGAUAAUCUGGGCUACAGGACGGGUUACGCGUACCGGCACCCCAUCGUCCGGGAGAAGCCGAGGCACAAGAGCGACGUGGAGAUCCCCGCCACGGUCACGGCGUUCAUGUUCGAGGAGGACGGGGACGCCGCCACGCGGCUGCCCUUCAAGUUUCUGCAGCAGCGGCAGCAGAGGGAGAAGACACGCUGGCUCAACUCCCCCAACAGCUACACCAAGGUCAGCGUGGAGGGAGGAGAGGAGCGCUACAACAGCCGGACAACCACGUGGAUGAAGGCGGAGGAGACAGGAACCCCGAUCCGGAUCGAGGACCCCAAUCAGUUUGUCCCUCUCAACACAGACCCCAGUGAGGUUCUGCAGAAGAGGAACAAAAUCAGAGAGCAGAACCGGUUUGACGUGAUGACAUCAGGGCCACGCUCUCAGCACCUUGCAGGAAUCCCUGUUGAUGAACCGCGACGGCCAUACGUGCCCACAGAGGAGGAGCAGAUGGCUCCCCUGCCUCCCAACCCCUUCAGUGAGCUGUCAGAGAAAGACCUGGAGGAGUACCGCAAGAACGUGGAGAGGAGGCAACUCGGCCUCAGUGAUGGCGAGCACGAGCUAACCUCUGACGACGGCUCCACUCUCUCUCAGUCUCUGUCUCUCACCCAGUCCCCGCAAAGCACUCCAGCUAAAGAAGAGAACCACACGGGCCUGAUGAACGGCAAAGACGACCACGGCGACGUGGACGAGGAGCUGUCGAAGCGCGUCAGUCAGCUGACCACCAGCGUGGAGAGCGUGGAGAUCACGGUGCGCUCCGGCGAGAAGAUCGAGGAGGCGCUGUCCCCCGAGAGCUCCCCCUCCAAGUCGCCCAACACCAAGAAGAAGAAGAAGUUCCGCACCCCGUCCUUCCUGAAGAAAAACAAAAAGAAAGAGAAGACGGAGGCCUGAGAGCCAAAAGGCCACAGGCUGGGCAGGAAGACCAUCUGCGUAGAAGAAGAAAGAGGGGCGGCAGCUCCGCUUUUCUGUUUCAUGUCUGUGUUUUUAUUUUGUCUCC